AGGGUACGACAAUGUCUAGUACUAGAUUUAUAUCAGAUACUUUCAAGUACGUGAAGAGGCCAUCGUCGAAUCAAGUAUUGAAGCGAUCUGACCUGGUCAGUCACGAUGAUGAUAAACCUUCAUCCAGUAAAACUGACACGGAUGAACUGUUUCCUGUCAAUAUCGUAAAGCACAGAAAAAGUGAUAAAGACUUCCUCCGUGAAUUUGACAUGAACCUUGAAUUUGGACCAUGUAUUGGUAUAACUCGUCUGGAGAGAUGGGAGAGAGCACACAAACAUGGCCUUCAGCCACCUCAAGAGGUAAAGGAACUUCUGGUCAGGCAUGCUGAGGAUCCCAAAUAUACACAAUGUGUUUGGAAUGACUAUGUGAUCUGAUCCACUAGAACAUGGAGCUAGAUUGACUCUGAAUGCCUAAAACAGUUUGAAAUAUAGUGAAAAAGGGACCAAGUUAUGUGUUCAAAUAGACCAGGAUGGUCGACACUGUUGUAACGGGUCACGGGGUUUAAUGAUGAACUAGAAUGAUAUUUUUGCCUGUAUAACUAGGAUGGCCGACACUGUUGUAAUGGAUCACCGAGUUUAAUUAUGGACUAGAAUGAUAUUUUGCCUGUAUAGACCAGGAUGGCCGACACUGUUGUAACGGAUCACUAAGUGUAAAAGAUGGACUUUAAUGAUAUAGUGAAUGUAUAGAUCUCAAUAGUCUUACACAUCUCAGAAAAGUGCCUUCUUUAGUUUAUAUAGAAAGAUACAAUGUACAAAUAUGCAUCAAAAGUCCUUUGAGAUUUCCUACAUGGUUAACCAUACUAUAGGAUAACCACUGACUGAUGUACAACAUUAUAGAACACUCUGUGCAGGGACUUGACAAAAUAAGUCAUUAUAUUGUUCAUAUUUUGAUAGUAAGGCACAGCAAAUCGUGUUUAUAUAGAGUAUGUAUUGCUGAAAAAGGAUUUCACUACAGGCAUAAUUUGGUUGAGGAUUUGAAAGUAUGAUAUGAUUCAUCAAUGAUCUGGUGAUGUAGGAAUUUUUACAUGGAUCAGAUUAAUAUCUACACCAUUAUCAUCAUUCGACCAUGUUUAUCCUUCUAUAGCUUUUAAAGACUUGUAUCAUUUUAUUUACACAUCCUAUAUAUCUGCCAUUUUAAUUAAUGUUUAAUAUCAGCUGUCUUUAAUUGGUAUUACUAUAAAAACGUGAGGGAACUGACUUCUUUUGCUUGGGGAUGAAGAAGCCACUAAUAUUUCUUCCUUUAUGGAAUACAUCUAUAGAAAACAGCUGUCAGUAUGAUUCUGAGUUAUAUAUACAUGCACAUAUAUGUUGAAACAAUAUUAUUUAAUAAAGUCUAUUUAUUAUAUUAAGAAUUAAUUAGGUUUCAGAUAUGCCCAAGAAAAGAAAAUGAUACGUUCAAACUAUGAUUUUAAAAAGAGAAAGUAAUUUGAUAUAGGGAAAAUUGUUUAUUGCAAUGAUUACUGGUAUAAUUUUCUUUGAACAAGUGCAUGCCUGAAUGUGUAAUACCAAAAUAUGUUUACUUUGCUGAAUAUCAGAAUUUCAGUAGUUUUAGAUACGUUUUUUAGUUAACAUGUUUGUCAUCACACUAUAUAUAAGUUGUUGUUUUUUUUAACUCAAUAUUGUGAAUGUCUGCUUCUGAGCAUAAAUUCCGGUUUCUUUUUUUGUCUCAUUUGUCUGUUUUCGUGUUUGUUAA